ACUCACCUCUCAUUCGCUGUCGGACGUUUGCACCGAGUGGAUCGUAUAUUUUUGCCGCAGCACAAUUCGCGACCGCAAUCAAACCGGUUCCAAACAACCAGUUCAAGUUUUGUACGAUGAAUCGAAAAUUGUUUUUAUUGUUGCUGAUCGCGAUCGUUGCUUCCGUCACCGGUAGACCUCAAAAUACGGCACAAACACCGGCCACGGUUACGGACAGUUCCGCUAUCAGUUCCACGGUACCAGCACCUGCAGAAGAGAGCAAAGUGUCUAAAUUUUUCGACGAUGUUUCGUCAGUGUUUAAACAGGGCACAGCCAAAGUCAAGGAAAGUUUCGAAAGUGCAGCAUCGUCGGUCAAGGAUGGGGUCAUGCGGGGCUAUGAUUACGUCAAAGAUAAACUAACCGGCACCGGAGAUACUACGGCCACUCCAAGCAACAGCAGCGCAGUUUCGUUAACUACAACAGAAGAAAGUGUUUUCGCUAAAGUUUCGGAAAUUGAUACCGUAUCGACACGAUCCACAGGUGCAACAGUCAAUUCGGUUGCCCGAGCAGUUAAUGUGGAACCCAACGACGAGGAAGUCAAGGAUGAGAACGAAGAUCGAUUAAUAUUCAUUGGAGACGAAGAAACAGGGACGGAUCCACCAACGACGACCGAUAAAAAGUUAGGCUUGGACGAUCGAUUCAUCAUCGAUGGACCGAGGGCGUGCAAAACUGGCCAGUCAGUGGUCAACGGGAAGUGUCGAAACACGUUCUAAUUGAGCGAAAUAAAUCAACGCAGUACCGUCUACAAAUCAAGUGUGAUUUUAUAAUUUAAUUCUAUUGUAGAGUAAUUCGUCGCGUCCAAGUGUUUGUGUAGCUUGUGGAAUCGAGUCAAAUAAAUUGAGUUUAUUCUUUUCAAUGAUCAA